AUGUCGACUGCCACGACCACCACUCCUACGCGCAAACCCAUGCCCUCGGCAUUGACCUUUGAUUUACAUGCUAAGUGUUCAACAACAAAAGCACGCGCCAGUACCCUCCGCCUCCCCCAUGGCGAUGUCCCCCUCCCUAUCUUCAUGCCCGUCGCGACCCAGGCCUCCCUGAAGGGCUUGACGUACGACCAGCUCCGCCAGACGGGCUGUCAGCUCUGUCUGAAUAAUACCUACCACCUUGGAUUGAAACCCGGCCAGGCGGUGCUGGAUGCCGUAGGCGGGGCGCAUAAGUUGCAGGGAUGGGAUCGGAAUAUUCUUACGGAUAGUGGAGGAUUCCAAAUGGUGUCCUUGCUUAAACUUGCCACUGUUACGGAGGAGGGUGUACGGUUUUUGAGUCCUCAUGAUGGCACACCGAUGCUGCUCACCCCCGAACAUUCCAUCUCGUUACAGAAUUCGAUCGGAUCCGAUAUUAUCAUGCAAUUGGACGACGUGAUUGCAACCACUUCGCCGGACCAGGCGAGAAUUCACGAAGCCAUGGAGCGUUCCGUUCGCUGGUUGGAUCGUUGUAUCGAUGCACACAAGUACCCGGAGAGACAGAAUCUGUUUUGCAUUAUCCAGGGUGGACUGGAUUUGGAGAUGCGGAAACAAUGCUGCGAAGAGAUGGUGGCGCGAGAUACACCGGGUAUCGCCAUUGGUGGUCUUUCUGGUGGUGAGGCGAAGGAGGACUUUUGCAGGGUGGUGGAUACUUGCACGGGACUGCUUCCGGAGAAGAAGCCGCGAUAUGUGAUGGGAGUGGGCUAUCCGGAGGACUUGAUCAUGGGAGUUGCGCUCGGCGCAGACAUGUUUGAUUGUGUCUGGCCGACACGGACGGCUCGCUUCGGCAACGCUGUGGUCCCGACAGGAACAUUGAACCUGCGCCACCGGUCUUUCGCAGAGGACUUCCGGCCGGUGCAGGAGGGCUGCACCUGCAGCAUCUGUCUCCCGAAGGAGCAGGGUGGACUGGGCAUUACGCGGGCAUACCUGCACCAUUUGGCGGCGAAGGAAACAGUAGGAGCGCAUCUGCUUACGAUGCACAACGUGCACUAUCUGCUGUCGCUGAUGGGAUCGGCGCGACAGGCCAUCAUAGAAGACCGGUUCCCGGCGUUUUUGCGCGACUUCUUUGGGAAGUUGUAUGGAGAGAAGACGAAUUACCCGGAGUGGAUCUAUACAUCGUACCUCCGAGAUCGGAUAUUACAUCCGACGACACGGUCACAUGACUACGUGGCGCGUCGCGGGCGCGUCAAUCCCAGCAUUUACUCCUCCAUCCCACUUCACCCCAGACACGAUUUACAAAUCACUUAUACCCCAUAUCAAGAUACCACAACACACAAAACACCAAGAAACAGCCACCACAGAGAAAUAUACAAAAUGGCCCCCUCAGCCGAGACCCUCCCCAUCCAGGAGUCAACUCCCCAACCCACAACCACCACCACCACCACUCCCCAGCCCAUUCCCCACGACCCAACUCACGAAGAACACCAAUACCUGAACCUAAUCCGCCGCAUCCUCGCGGAAGGCGAGCACCGCCCGGACCGCACCGGCACAGGCACACGCUCGAUCUUCGCCCCUCCACAGAUGCGCUUCUCUCUCUCCAAACCCUCCACCACCUCAGAAGAAGAACCCUACACCCCAAUCCUCCCCCUCCUAACCACCAAACGGGUCUUCCUGCGCGCCGUCCUCGCCGAACUCCUCUGGUUCAUCUCGGGCACGACCUCCUCCGUACCCCUCAGCGAAGCCGGGAUCAAAAUCUGGGACGGCAACGGCUCACGCGAAUACCUCGACAAAGUCGGUCUCUCGCACCGGGAAGUCGGCGACCUAGGUCCCGUGUACGGCUUCCAAUGGAGACAUUUCGGGGCGGAAUACGUCGACGCUAAGACAGAUUAUACCGGUCAGGGCGUGGAUCAGUUAGCUGAGGUGGUCAAGAAGUUGAAGGAGAACCCGUUCGAUCGGAGGAUUAUUAUGUCGGCGUGGAAUCCGAAGGAUAUGAGGAUUAUGGCUCUGCCGCCUUGUCAUAUGUUUGCGCAGUUUUAUGUUAGGUUUCCGGAUGCGAAGAGGGAUGCAGAUGGGGUGGUUAGGGAUGGGGAGUGGGGGAAGGGCCAUUUGGAUUGUUUGUUGUAUCAGAGAAGUGCGGAUAUGGGGCUUGGUGUGCCGUUUAAUAUUGCUUCUUAUGCGUUGUUGACGCAUUUGUUGGCCCAUGCGGUUGAUAUGGUUCCUGGGACGUUGGUGCAUACCUUGGGUGAUGCUCAUGUUUAUUUGGAUCAUGUGGAGGCGUUGAAGGAGCAGAUUGAACGUGAGCCGGUGGCGUUUCCGGAGGUGAGGAUUAAGAGGGACGAUAGGGGUAGUGGGGUUGUGGAUGGGUGGAAGGAGGAGGAGUUUGAGGUCGUUGGGUAUAAGCCGCAUAAGGCGAUUAAGAUGAAGAUGAGCGUUUAG